UCAGGGAGAAAAGGUAAACAAAUACACGCGAAAAAUGUUCAGAAGAACACUACUCCGAAUUUUCCACCCUCCUACGCUAAAUCAGCUUCGUCACCUGCCCAGAAAGCCACGAUGGGAAAAUCCAGGGAUUGAUGGACGAAUUGAGAUGCUGAAAGAAGAGAAAACUGCAGUGAUAGAGCCUGAAGAUGUAGAAGAAGAUUUCGAGAGUGAUUUUAUGAAUGUGGGAGAAAUGCAUAAAAAGUACAAGGAAGAGGAACGCUGGCACAGGGAGAAGGUAGCCUACUGGAUAACCAGGGAUAAAUAUUUCAAAGUCAAGCAACAGAAUUUCCUGACAUGGUCGGAGAAGGAGCAAAUCCGCUUUCUAAAUCGUGACUCACCGUCAGAGUGGACAGCCGAGAAGCUGGCAGAUAGUUUCCCAGCGGACCUGCUGACCAUCAAGAAAGUCCUGAAAUCCAAUUGGCUUCCUGGGAAUGAACAGAGGAUUCUCAAGCAUGACAAUCAAGUGCAGAGGAACUGGGAGGCAUUUCGCAGAGGGAAAUGUGAGAAUUUGUCCAAAGAACUGAGAGAGCAUUUGCAGAAAUUUGCCCACAGGAAAUUCAAUUCAGCUGCCACUCCAAAGAUUCAUCUGGAGAAUACCAGGGAGAAUGCCCUAAAGCUUCCAUCGGGAGAAUUUGCCAAGAUCAUCACGAGCUGCAAGGCGUACGAAUCUCCCAAGCAAGUUGAGGAAAAACCACAAGAAACAAAGUAUUUAGAAGCUUCCGGAAAGCCAGCUUCUAAACAUACUCACAUCACCCUGGAUGAGCUCAAAAAAUCUGAAGAUUCUUCCCGUGGAACAACUUCCGAAGACUCACCUGUUCCGAUUUCGGUAGAUGAAAUGCAGAUUUUCAACGUGAAGCAGUUCAAUUCCGCUCCAGAUGCUAAGCAGAAAGGAAUUUCCGGAACAAAAGAAGACAUUCGCGAGAGGAUAUACAUCCCACGGAGGCUGUGGAAAAGAGGAGGAACAUACAAAGUUGAUGAUUGUUUCUACGACGAUGACGGGGAGUUUCUCUACAGAGUUCCGGGAAUGACGGGAAUGACUGGUGAAAAGUAAAAGAUUCUCAAAGCAGCUUAAUGUAUUUCCUACAUUUGUAUACCAAAUCAGUCUGUAAACUGUUAAAAAUUUACUAUAAAUUUCAAGAAAUAAAAAAAACUACAUUUGUUAGAAAAA